GGAAACGAGUGGAGACACGAGGACCAGCGCGAGCGGUCCCGGUGGGCUACCCUCCCCCUGCGGCGACCCCCCCUCGCUCUGACCGACUGGUCCCCUAAACGGUGGCGGCGGUUUUUGGUCGUUGGGCCCCGGGAUUUAGGACCAACAUUUGAAGACCCGAAGGGGUGAGGAGGGGAAAGGGGAAACGGGGUCACUACCAGACCACUGCUAACGGCUGGAUAGUGCCCGGCUCACUCUCACGCCGAAUACACAGGGGGGGCUGGCGGCGGUGGCUGCGGGGUUCACCCUCGUCCUUCCCCAGCCCCGUCGAGCAGUGGGAGGGCAAGUGUCCGAGACGCUGCUUCCCGCCCCGGCAGCAUCCGGCCAGAAGGCGCCCUCGCCGUCACCCAGGCGCUGCAUGGUGAGGGCCCAGCGGCCAGUCUCCUUGGGGCGUCUGGCGGCUUCUUCCGCCCCGCGGCGCCCUGUGCUCUCCGCCUUAUUUCCGCUCUCCCCCGCUGCCUUCCGGCCGCUUCCCACCUGUGCUGCAUUUCGUGUUAUUUUCCUGACACGCUUACGCCGACGACCAACGACCGCUGCAGGCCUGGGCCGCCGCCUGGCCGUUGUAGGGUCCGCGCGUCCCCUGGAGGCUUUGGACGCCGUCUGGGGCGUCCCGACGGCUGGGAACUGCAACCAUGAAUGAAGAAAAUAUAGAUGGAACAAAUGGAUGCAGUAAAGUUCGAACUGGUACUCAGAAUGAAGCAGCAUUACUUGCUUUGAUGGAAAAGACUGGUUACAACAUGGUUCAGGAAAAUGGACAAAGGAAAUUUGGCGGUCCUCCUCCAGGUUGGGAAGGUCCACCUCCACCUAGAGGCUGUGAAGUUUUUGUAGGAAAAAUACCUCGUGAUAUGUAUGAAGAUGAGUUAGUUCCUGUAUUUGAAAGAGCUGGGAAGAUAUAUGAAUUUCGACUUAUGAUGGAAUUUAGUGGUGAAAAUCGAGGUUAUGCUUUUGUGAUGUACACUACAAAAGAAGAAGCCCAAUUAGCCAUCAGAAUUCUUAAUAAUUAUGAAAUUCGACCAGGGAAGUUUAUUGGUGUGUGUGUAAGCCUGGAUAAUUGUAGAUUAUUUAUUGGAGCUAUUCCCAAGGAAAAGAAGAAAGAAGAAAUUUUAGAUGAAAUGAAGAAAGUUACAGAAGGAGUUGUAGAUGUCAUUGUUUAUCCAAGUGCAACUGAUAAGACCAAAAAUCGUGGUUUUGCAUUUGUGGAAUAUGAAUCUCACAGAGCUGCUGCUAUGGCAAGGAGGAAGCUAAUUCCAGGAACAUUCCAACUAUGGGGCCACACCAUUCAGGUAGAUUGGGCUGACCCAGAGAAAGAGGUGGAUGAGGAAACCAUGCAGAGAGUUAAAGUUCUUUAUGUAAGAAAUUUAAUGAUCUCAACUACAGAGGAAACAAUUAAAGCAGAAUUCAAUAAAUUUAAGCCUGGUGCAGUUGAACGGGUAAAGAAACUUAGAGAUUAUGCUUUUGUUCACUUUUUCAACCGAGAAGAUGCAGUGGCUGCCAUGUCUGUUAUGAAUGGAAAAUGCAUUGAUGGAGCAAGUAUUGAGGUAACACUAGCUAAACCAGUAAAUAAAGAAAACACUUGGAGACAGCAUCUUAACGGUCAGAUUAGUCCAAAUUCUGAAAAUCUGAUUGUGUUUGCUAACAAAGAAGAGAGCCACCCAAAAACUCUAGGCAAGCUGCCAACUCUUCCUGCUCGUCUCAAUGGUCAGCAUAGCCCAAGUCCGCCUGAAGUUGAAAGAUGCACUUACCCUUUUUAUCCUGGAACAAAGCUUACUCCAAUUAGUAUGUAUUCUUUAAAAUCCAAUCAUUUUAAUUCUGCAGUAAUGCAUUUGGAUUAUUACUGCAACAAAAAUAACUGGGCACCACCAGAAUAUUAUUUAUAUUCAACAACAAGUCAAGAUGGGAAAGUACUCUUGGUGUAUAAGAUAGUUAUUCCUGCUAUUGCAAAUGGAUCCCAGAGUUACUUCAUGCCAGACAAACUCUGUACUACAUUAGAAGAUGCAAAGGAACUGGCAGCCCAGUUUACAUUACUUCAUUUGGGUCCUUUCUGAUGUUGCUUGAGCUUACUCUCCUGCAGUUGAUCUCAUUCCUGUUGGCUAAACAUUAAGUCCCAUGACAACAUUAAGUUAAUGUACCUAUGGUGUAGGCAUCAUUUAUAGUACCAGGACAGUAUUAUAGAAAAAAACCUUACUUGUACAUUAGAUGACCUAAUUUCUUUUCUUCCAUUCCUAGAAACACCAUAAUGUUUCUGAAUAAUGAUUUUAUAGUCAUUGUCACACCCUUGGCUUAUUUUACACUAAAGAACAUAGUUGAGUUUUUGGAAGGUACAGGAUUUAAAAAUUUGGUCUGUAAUAUACACACACACAUAUAAAUGUUGCAGUUAAUGAAACAGGAAAUUAUUGAUGCAUAAGAUGAAUGUUUAUUGUGAAACAGAAGUAUUUCAAAUGUUAUUUUUUAAUAAUUUGGUUUAAUUGGAUAUUUUUCUGUACUAUAAGUUGAUAAUGGUUUUUUGAAGUAACUAUAAGUUGAUAAUGGUUUUUUGAAGUUUAUUUAAUAAAGGUGAUUCAUUAUACUGUUUCAUCAUACCAGUAGGACUUUUAAUGUUAAAUCAGUAUGUUGAGUUAGAUAAGUGUUUAUAUUAGUAUUUAAAUAAUGAAAUAUUGGCCAGCUAGUUUAUACCAAAUGUUUUUGCAGUCCAGGGGUGAAUGUUUCUGCUGGUUUGAUGCCUAAUACAGCUUCAAAGAAAAAAAAAAAAGCAAAUAUGAAUUCACUGUUUUUUAUCUUUUCUUCAUGGAACUACCCCUUAGAACCAAAUUUAAAAGAAGCUUCUUUGUAGAGCAAGAGAAAUGAGACGUUCUCUUUUUCUGUAAUCAAAACUCCAAGAAAUAGUAGAUAUCCAAGAAUUCAUUCUGGUAAGAUCUCUGAAACAUUGCGUGAGUAAAGGAAAGGUAAUACUGACAAAACUCUCAGGAUUUGCAGUGCAGUGAAUGCUGAAAUAAUCUUUAACCAGCAAUAUAGUAUCAUCAAGAUUUCCAAUGUUAGAACAUUAUGUUAAAAUGUGAUUAUUGUUUAAUGUUUUGUCUCUUUAAAUUAAAUUUGUGUCCAUAAAGAUGUACAGCAUAAUUGUUCAUGUAUUUAUUUACAGACUGCAAUUUCCAUCGCAGCUCAAUAAAUAGUCUUUCCCCUGUUAGUGCUACCCUCUCUUCUGGGACUCCCAGCGUGCUUCCUUAUACUUCAAGGCCUUAUUCUUAUCCAGGCUAUCCCUUGUCACCAACAAUAUCACUUGCUAAUGGCAGCCAUGUUGGACAGCGACUAUAUAUCUCCAAUCAGGCCUCAUUCUUCUGAAGAAAAUACUAACAUUAGUAUGAAAAUUUGUGUAAAUUUGUAGUAUGAAAACUUGCAAAUUAAAAUAUUGUUUUAUUUUAGAAUCGGGUUUGCAUAUUUGGUUUUAAAAAGAUAUUUAUUCCAAAGUACUAAACAUCAACUAUAAUUCAGAAUAACAUGGAGUUGUAGAAUUUAUAAAAAUGAAAAGUUUAAAAAGUUAUUCAGUGGUUUCUCUUGAUAAAGGUACAGCAAACUACUAUUCUUUUUAAACUUCUAGGAUUUUCUUCUACUUCCUGAGUGGGCAAUAGAACCUAGUCAUUUAUGGUUUUUUUUGCAUAAUUUUACUAAAUAGUAUUUCACAAACAUUAAAGCACUUGAAGACAAUGGUUAUAGUAGAUUUGAUUACCAAGGAUCACUAUCUGUACUGGAGAUUAGAACAAUUAUAUGACCAGAAGCAUCUAACCAUUAUGUAAAAAGAAAUGAUGAGACAAAAAGAUUAAGAUACAAAUUUUGUGCAGUACUAAAGAAAAAGCAGUCUACCAUUGUGGUCCUUGAAAAUAACUAUAGAUAUUUUUGUUAUUUGUUAGACACAAAUUAUAAUUUUGUUGUUAAUUAAGCAUUUUAUAGUUAUGCUUUAUUUGUGUUUUUGAUAUUCUUUGUAUUGUUAAUAACAAGUGUUAUGGGUUUUUAAUGUUGAAAUCAUGUGUUAAUUUUUGUACUUGAAUUCAAAUUUUUUGACAUUAAAUAUGUGAUGCUUCUAU